GCACUUAAGAGUCAAUCAAUUCCUGACUGCCGGAAACUUUCGUCUGAGGGAAUCCCACGAUUUUGUGGCAUUUUAGAAAAGUAAAUCAAGGAUACAGAACCGGGCCGGGUGGCCGAAAUCACAAUGAGGCUUUUUAUACAGAUAUGGAUGCUUUUAGCGAUAUUAUUGGUGGAGAGGAACUUCGUAAAGGCACAAGGAGACCCCGAUCUGGUGUUUGCUGAGGGUAGUGGGGUUAUAGAUGAUGAGGAUUAUGUUACAGAUGCACCAGGAGAGCUGGGAGAGCAAGGGUCUGGUGCCACAGAAGGGACGCCAGUACAUAUACGCACUUCAGGUGUAGUUGUAGCCAAGCCCAAGUUUGAUAACACCAUCAGGAUUAACAAGAUUGGUGACAAGAAGGCAGUGUUUGAGCCGGCACAUGCAGAUCCUAAAUCAAGACAGUCACUGGAAGUGUUUGACACAGUCUGUGCUGUUCUCCUAGCCUCCUUGCGAACAAAUGAACUAACCAGCCAAGCAGAGGAUUGUGUUGGAGUCUCAAUCACUGAUGGGAGUCUUGUUGUCACAACAGAGAUUACAUUUAGUGAGGACACAACUGCCGUUGCAUCUGAUGUAGAGAGUGCUAUUAAAAGCACACUGGCUGGAAACACAUUGAGUGACAGUACUACAUCUCUUACUGUAGACAAGAGAAGCAUCAGGGUAACACCAACUGGCUCAGACGCUGUUGAUGUUUCAACUGUGAAGCCCACAAAGAAACCAGGCAAACCUAAUAAGUCUAACCCUACCCCUGACAUGCCAACAUCAGUAUCUCCUGAUAACAACAACGGCCUGACCGACAAUGAAAUAUUCUUUGAUACAUCACCCCCAAUGAAGCCAGUCAUGAGCACAACCAUGUCCAAUGAGAUUGGUAACAAUGUACACAACAACAAACUAGAGGUCAAAGAUAAGAAAGAGAAACAGGGCUUCUUUAAAAUGGUUCUUGGUAGUCCAGUACUCUUAGCAGCUUUGGUUGGUGCAGUUGUCUUGACAUUGAUCACUAUCGUUCUGAUUACGAUGUUCCUCAUCUAUCGUGUUAAGAAGAAGGACGAGGGAAGUUAUUCACUGGAUGAACCUCACAAAGUCAAGGACCCAACGGCCUACUGGAAAGACACCAAGGAAUUCUAUGCAUAGAGUCCAAACUUUAAGCACCAGUCUUUACAGCUCGGUUUGCUUUCUUUUACUUCAGUUUCCUUCUUCAUUUACCUCUUUAUUUAUGAAGGAAUUUAUUUUCUGAUGAGGGGUUUGCUUUUCUCUGCUAUGGUGCUGGCCCCAAACAGUGUUUUUAAAAAAAGGUUGCUGGGCUGUGAAAUAUAUGGUGUUUUGUACAAAAACUGUCGUAAAUUCAAAAAAAAUGUAGCUGGGUUUUUUUCUGUCUCAUUCAAUCUUCGAUUUUGUUUGCCUGGAAUAACUGAUUGAAUGUGGUGCUUUUUUAUGUGAUAAAUGAAAACAAGAGAAGAGGGGAAAGUGUUGGGUUUGGGUCUAAGGUUGUUUUUAACAAGAGGUUUGGAACUGUGAGACAAUAAACUAUGACUGUGUUUAAACUUUGCUGGGGAAAUAUUUUUAAUAGUAGGUGUUUUUCUAUUCCUAGAUCUAGCAUAUUCUUUUGUUUUUCUUUCUCUCCCUAUUUUUUGUAUGUCUUUUUUGUUGUUGUUACUUUUUAUUUUAUUAGUUGUCUUUCUGAUCAUGGUUUGAAUUUAUCAUGUGUAGUAAAUUAAAUAUCUUUCCAGUUGCUGGCUGGGCCAAUGAAAAGCAUCAAUGAUUUUUUAUUUUUUGUUUAUUUAUUUAUUUAUUUAUUUUUGUUGAAGAAGUCAUGUGAAGACCAGAAUGGAUUUGAACACAGAUUUAUUGUACAUGUAGACUAUUAAUAGAUUAGUUGGACCUAAAAUAAGUCAAUUUUUGUAUUAAUAAUUAAAAGAUGUAAUGAAAAUAACGUAGUAUUUUUCGCCGCAGUGUUGAACUACGUAGAUUUAUAAAUAUAUAUCCUACUACACCUUUCAAUGAUCAGCUAUCUACUACGUACAUCGUAGUAGUACAGUAUAGACCUUAUGCAUGCGAUGACAUCCACCCCACAGUUCAGUUCUUGAUCAGCUACACAUACAUGUAUUUCAGGUGUGUGCCAACUGUUUAGAGUUACUGAUGUGGAUAUUCAAUUGCUCAUGUUGAUUCGGUAUGAGGCACCUUGGAAAGUCAAAGGGUUUUGUAUGAACAACCAAACCAUUUUUAAGUAGGAUUUGAAACUUUGCAUGGCGAAAAUACGAUAUGGAAAGGUUUGCGGUAACACCAUGUAAUGACUAUCUCUAAAUGAGUUGGGGUGGUUCUGAAAAGAACCAAUGGUUUAAAACCAUUUUUUGAGUUUCAUUUCCAGCUACAGAUUCUGACCAACCGAAUUCAAAAUUAUUGAUUGAAGCGAGAUAAACGUGUUAGGACUUUAAUUAACAUCAAAAGGUGUCUACUCAGAACUGGCAAUAACGGUUGGGUUUGUGAAUCUUUAUGCAAAUCUAAUGUUAGAGUCAUCCCACUAUUUUGUAUAAUAAUCUUGUUGUCUCGGAUGAGCUUGCAUUUAUAAGGUCUAUACAUUGCAUAGCAAUUACAGCACAGUUUCAUCUAAUUUGCAGAGUAUUAAAAACCUUCAACUCUUAAAACAUAUUAACUUUCUCUUGAGAUUUUUUGAAACAUUUUCUGAAAAACUUUUUCCUCAUUUUAAGAAGUUUAUCAAACAGAAUUCCUAAUUCUCAUAGGGCAAUAAUUUUUCAGCACUUGUUUAAUUGUUGUAUAUCUUUAAGUUUUUAAGUGCUGGGCAAAGCAUUGGGGGGCAGAUAAAAUGUCGGUCUGGCUUAUCAGGAAAAAUUUGCUAUAUUUUUGUGAGAAUGGAUAGUCAUUUUUUGUAUUAUUACUUUUUUUGUUUAUUAAGUUUACUAUGAUUAGUUUGAUAUUUACCUCUAUUGAGCCCUCCUACUUUGGGUACCGUUAGCAGGAUAAUUGACUGACUAAUCAGACCUAGAUAGUUCUCUGCAUGGUGGAGUACUUAGUCCAGGGUCCAUUCACCAGACUUGAGCUUCUCACACAAAAUGUCAGCAAAGUCUUACAAAUGUCUUCAGCAGACAUGCCCUUCUGGAUUUGUCACUUAUGAGCUCACAUCAAGCUUUUCUCAUCUUUGGCAUUUGACUGACAGUUGGAGUAAGAUGUUGUCUUUACUCAAGUGUUUUGCUAUUUUGUGAGAGUAGAUCAUGUCUAAUGACCAGUCAUAAGGAGGGUGAAGGACUAGCCUGUCAUGAAUUGACUGUUUUAAUGAUGUACAUGUAGUUAGAGAGUGUGUGUGUGAUUGUAAGUAUCAUCAUUGUAUGCGUCCAACUUCUUGAAUAAACUUAGGGGCUGAUUACCAACCUAACAGAUGACGGGUACUACUACAACCCUUACAUUGGUUUACAUCAAGCAAUUUCAUUUGAAAAAUCACUGUUAUCACAGAUUUAUAUGGAUUUUUGGUCUUGGCUUCUACGCAGUCACAAGUUCUGCGUGGCAUUUGUAUGCCUAAAUAAACAUAAAUUAUGUAUUGUGGACUGUCAAGUCUUUUAGUAGUACACCAGAGUAAUAUAAUUUUCCCUGGUGCUUUGAUCAGUGGGUUUAAUGACUUGUGUUCAAUGAACGGAACCAGAAAUGCAAUUUUCUGAAGCCCCUACAGUGCUCAUGUUUGUCGGUUGAAUACCUACCAUCAGAACAGACAAACCAGGAAAGCUAGGAUCAAUUACAUGGUUAUCGUUCAACAUGAUGACCGCAACUUGUGUGUUAUUGGUUGUUGGUUGGGACAUGUUUAUUGUACCUUGAUAUAAAUGUCCUGGUUCCUGUAACUGGGUUGAAAAACCCACUAUCUGAAGGAGAUAAAAAUGAAACCUUAUCAAAUGAAACCUUGCCUCUUAGUUUGGCAGUCAGCCCUCAAGAAUAAAUAAACAGUGCCUGAUUGAGGAUUUGUAUAAAAGCUUCAUUAUUAAUAAUGUUAAAAAAACGUUCCUUGAAAUUUCUCAUUGUAUGGUCUGCCAACAAUCGUGGUGCCAAAUAGUCUGCAUUUUUACAACAAGAUGUGUUUAUUUUUGUCAUGGUAGUUGCAUUUAGACUGUCGAUUCUUCCAUGUUCUGCCCACCUUACUUUCUAAUAUAGAGAAACUCCUUGAAUGAAUGACGUGUAAGAAUCUGUAAUCAAGUUCCAAUAGCCAAUAUUGUGGCUGGACAUUAAUUAAACCCUUUAAAGUCUAUUGACUCUAUUUCAACUCUGAAGGAAAAACAUAAAGGUAUGAAAUUUCCAAAUAACUCCACCUGAUUUAGUAAAGCUACAUACUUGAUAAAUAAUAUAUGGUCAAUAUAAGGGUUUCUCAUCAAUCGUUUUCAAGCAGUCUGGCUGUGUACAAUAUUUACCAUGAUAUGAAAUAGACAACUUUAGGCCUAUACUUAUUAAUACUAACAUUCUUUGUAUAGAGUUUUGCUUUGCUUAGAUAUAACUAUGUAUUUUUUAAUGAAUAAAUUGAAUUCCAUGUUAUAGGAGAACCUACUAACUAACCCUGUACACUAAAGAGGUUAAAUUGGUUAACAUGUCAUAUACAAUGCAGUGGACUAUACCAGGCUAGUUUACAUGUGAUAAACAAUACGGUGGACUAUACCAGGCUAGUGUCUUUGCUGUUCCAAGAAGUAAACUUGCACCUUAUGAAAUAACUAAGAUUGUGAAUUUAAAACAAAAACAGUAUUGUUAAAUUAAUUAAGAGUUUGUAAGUUUCACUUGGACAUUCAUAUUUAACCAUUCACGUAGAAUAUGUUUUUUCCUCGGCUGAUAUAUUUAAGAACUAAUUAUGACAUGAUUAAUAGUUUUGUUCGUUUGUUUUUUUUGUUCAGGCUCUCUCUUCAGAGGGAGAUACUACAGUUUUGAUGUUUACGAAUAAAUAAUUGUGGGGAAUGAAACAGAAUCAAAUUUAACACAUCAACAGGCUUGCUCAAGAGAGUGAUUUAUCAGGCAGGUUUUCUAUAUUUUCAGUUAUUUUUUUAAAACAUAAUAAACAGGUAAAAUGAGUUACUUGCAGGGAGCGUAGAAUUAUGUACAUAACACUGUCAAUUUCAUCUAGAAAGUAUUUUGAUGUUUGAGCAUUAUGGUUUAAAAAAAAAUAAGUUUUCAUAGUGGUUUUAAAUAAGUAAUUACUUUUACGCUUAAAAACAUGUAUAUUUAUUAGUAUUAGAAAGAAACAUGAAGAAAAUCCAUAUCGUUUGUAAUCAACAGCAACAUCAUGGCAGUUCAAUAUUUGAAUGUAAUCAAUAGUAAUAAUACAAAACAAGUUUGGCUUAUUGGUGACCAAUGGCACCAUGCCAUUUACCUAAUGUGAGGUUCGCCAUCAAUGGUUGGUACCUAACCAGAGUCAGACCUCUUGGCCUUCUUAAUACCAAAGAAAUGUUUUGAAGGGGGGAUAUGAAAUACAUUUUAAAGAAGAAAAAGAAAAGAAGAAAAAAAAACCAAUAAUUUAUAAUGGAUGAUAUUUGGAUAAAUUAUUCAUCUCUACGCCACUUUAAACAAACUUCUCAAGUGAUGAAAAAUUACAACAGUAAAGUCAUAAGUCGUUACAUGUAGUUUUCACAUUUCUCAAUAAGAAAUCAACAUCUUAAAAUGCAGACAAGUUCACUACUUCAAGCUAUUCUGUACUGCAAAUUCUUUGAACUACUUUGAGAAAAGUGUUUGUUGCCUCACCAGUGAGGUUUGUUGUGUGGUGUGGAUUCGUUGUUGACAUAACACAAUCUUAAAGUCAUUAGUUAUUAACUGAUUAUUUGCAUAUAUACAUUUGCUGCUGAUCACCUUCAACAUGUCUGCUUACUUUAUACACAGCGUUCUAAUAAUAUUAGCUUUGUACUGUAUAUACAUUAGUCAGCGUGCAUCAAGCCAUUGACAUACCUGUGUUCUUGAUCAUUUUUAUAACAAAAGAUAAAAUAAGUUUUUGGUUCUCUAUAAUUGUAAAUGUACACAACUUCUUGCGCUUGGAAAUAAAGAUUUGCAUCCAUUAAUCUAAUAAUUUCUCAAAUGG